GCGGCGGUUUCCUAUUGGCUGGAUGGCGAGAGGGGGCGCGGCCGCGGCUCCUGAUUGGCUGACGCGGGGCGGGGGCUGAGAAACAAGAUGGCGGGCGGGGGGUGGGAGAAGCCGCCUCAACGACGUCGCCGCCGCCGCCUCCGCUCGUGUCCGGCCAUGGACGAGCCGCCGCUGCAGCAGCCGCUGCCGCCCGGGGAGGACGAGGAGGAAGGGGAGGAGGAGGAGGAGGAGGAGGAGGAGAAGGAGGAGCCGGACGCGGAGUGGAGCUUUGUUGACCGAGAAAUGGAGGCGGUAGCGCUGCGGGACCUGCCCAGCGCCACCAUCGCCUGUAACCUGGACCCGCGCGUCUUCCAGGACGGCCCGUACCGGGCCAAAUUUGAAUCCCUGUUCCGACCCUAUGACAGGGACCUCACCUUUCAGUAUUUUAAAAGCUUCAAAAGAGUGAGAAUCAACUUCAGCAACCCUUUGUCUGCAGCAGAUGCCAGGAUCCAGCUGGACAAGACAGAAUUCCUUGGAAAAGAACUCAGACUCUAUUUUGCUCAGACUUUGCACAUUGGCAGCUCCCACCUGGCCCCCCCAAACCCAGACAAGCAGUUCCUGAUCUCCCCCCCUGCCUCCCCCCCUGUGGAUUGGCAACAAGUGCAGGAUGCCACUCCAGUCAUUAACUACGACCUCUUAUAUGCAAUUUCCAAGCUAGGACCAGGUGACAAGUACGAGCUGCACGCCGCCACUGCCACCACCCCCAGCGUGGUGGUUCACGUGUGUGACAGUGACCAGGACAGUGACCAGGAGCAGGGCAGGAAACCCAAACCCAAAAUCAUCCAGACCCGCCGGCCGGACUUCAGCCCCGCCCCCCUGAGCUGAGCCCAGCUGAGCCCGGCCUGGCUGAGCUGAGCUGAGCUGAGCUGCUGCUCUCCCAGGAUGUGCAGGAGAAACCCAGCAGGGAACAGCAGCUGCUGCCUCUGGAGGUGGCUGCUGGAGAAUUCCAAGCUCAGUUUGCUCCAAGUGAAGGAAUUCCAAACUCAGUUUGUUCCAGCUGAAGGAAUUCCAAACUCAGUUUGCUCCAAAUGGAGGAAUUCCAAACUCAGUUUGCUCCAAGUGAAGGAAUUCCAAUCUAAGUUUGCUCCAAGUGAGGAAUUCCAAACUCAGUUUGCUCCAGCUGAAGGAAUUCCAUACUCAGUUUGUUCCAAGUGGAGGAAUUCCAAACUCAGUUUGCUCCAAAUGGAGGAAUUCCAAACUCAGUUUGCUCCAAGUGAAGGAAUUCCAAUCUAAGUUUGCUCCAAGUGAGGAAUUCCAAACUCAGUUUGCUCCAGCUGAAGGAAUUCCAUACUCAGUUUGUUCCAAGUGAAGGAAUUCCAAUCUAAGUUUGCUCCAAGUGAGGAAUUCCAAACUCAGUUUGCUCCAAGUGAAGGAAUUCCAUGUUCAGUUUUCUUCAAGUGAGGAAUUCCAAACUCAGUUUGCUCCAGCUGAAGGAAUUCCAUACUCAGUUUGUUCCAAGUGGAGGAAUUCCAAACUCAGUUUGCUCCAAAGGAGGAGAAUUCCAUGUUCAGUUUUCUUCAAGUGAAGGAAUUCCAUACUCAGUUUGCUCCAGGGGAGGAGAAUUCCAUGUUCAGUUUUCUCCAAGUGAGGAGUUCCAAACUCAGUUUGCUCCAGCUGAAGGAAUUCCAUACUCAGUUUGUUCCAAGUGGAGGAAUUCCUUACUCAGUUUGCUCCAAAGGAGGAGAAUUCCAUGUUCAGUUUUCUUCAAGUGAGGAAUUCCAAACUCAGUUUGCUCCAGCUGAAGGAAUUCCAUACUCAGUUUGCUCCAAAGGAGGAGAAUUCCAUGUUCAGUUUUCUCCAAGUGAGGAAUUCCAGCUCAGUCUGGCUGAGUGAAUUCCCAGAUCCCUGGGAGCACAGGCUGGGAGAAUGGGACAUUUUGGGAUUAAACAGGACAAACUGGGCUCUUUUGGGGGAAAAGCAGCUUUCCUUCUUGUGGCUCCCAUAAAUCCUCCAACUUGGAAAACCUUGGGAUUGCAGGGUUGGAAAGAUGAUGGGAAUUUGGGGAAUUUAACCCUUUUUCUUACACUAGUUUUUGUGCAUGUUUCUUCUUGGUCUUCUAAAGUAAUUUGCUUUUUUUUUUCUAGAGUUUCUCCCAAGUUUUUGGAAAUCUGGGAAUUGUUUCAAGUGUUUAUUAUCUCAGCAUCCCAGAAUUCCUCCUGGAUCUGUACAUACAUGAUAUAUUUAUAUUUGGUUUUAUUGGCACUUGUUUUCCACUAGGAUCCAGUUCCUCCAGCACCUGCUUUUUGGUGCUCUGGAAGUUGUGCUUUUAAAAUUUUAACCUUUGAAAUUCCUGCAGAGAGGUUUUUACCUGGCAAAACAAUGGAAAAAAACGUGCAAUAGGAGAGUUGUUGGAAUACAUGGAUUUUGAAUUAUUUAAGUUUAGGUAAUUUAUAUCUUCAAUAGGUUUUGUUUGGGAGCUUUGACUUGGGGAGGAAAAAGGACUCAAAUAGUGCUGAUGGUGCAUAUUCAGAGCAAGGAGAUUUUUCCAGUGAAAAAAAAAUGAAAAUCUGCAUUUUUGGUGAGUAAAGAUUUGCUAAGGAUUGGAAAAUUCCACACAGGAAGCAGUGAGGAGAGCUGGAGUGCCUUUUCCUUGUCCAUCCCUACUCCAAGCUGCACACUUGGAUCUUUUUUUGGCUUUGGAUAUCCAAAAAAAUCCAAACUUUGCUGGGAUGAAAUGCUUCAUGCCAAGGAAUUCUGAUUUAGGCAGGGAAUGUGUUGGAGAAGCUUUAGGGCUUUUUUAUGGCUGUGCUUAAAGGCUCCUAAAUGCAAAUUUCAAAGAAGAAAGAUGGCAGAAAUAUUUUAUUACUGUUUUGUAAACUGGAGAUCCUCACCUUGAAACAGGAUUCAGGAUUUUUUUUUUGGAAGAGAUGGGAAUUGCUAUCCAUGGAAAAUAGCACUUGGGGUCUUGGAAAAGGGAAGUUUGAGCCUCUCUUGGUGUUUUUAGGAAUCAAACUCUGGCUCUCUCUUGGUUUGCUUUUGCCACAGUUGGUCUGAGAAGAGAUUGAAGCAAAUGUUGACAGAAAUUCCUGGUUCACACCUUGUUGUUUUUUUAAAUAAUACUUGUUUUGAGAAGAAUGGAGCCAUUCCAGGCUGUGGUGCAGGGAAACUGGGUGUUCUGGAAGGCCUGGAAUUGCUGACUGGAACACAAAUCUGGGCCUGGAGAGCAGGAAUAUACUGAAUUUUCUGCUCUAGCUUGGAUUGUUAUUGCCUGGAAACUGGAACAAAGCCUGCUCCUGGUGUCUGAGUGGGAGCUGUUGGGAAGAGCUGAUUCCAUGGAUUGCUGGAGCUGGACACACAGGAAAAUCAGAUUAUUUUGGGUUACCCUCAGCUGGCUCCACAUGCUGCAUUCACCACCCAAAAUAAAGGAAUGAAGUGGAGAAAAUCUUUGUAGGUUUGCCACAACUGCCUUGAAGCCUUUCCAGGACUUUUCCAUGUUUCUCCAAUGGCUGCUGGACUUUGUGUCUCACCACAUUCAGACUAAAACAUUGGGAAUAACUCCUGUCCUGUCCUUUUUCCAUGGAAGAUCAAAGCAUGAGUUUGGCAGUAGAAACCCAGGUGGCUGCUGCUGUUUCCUACAGAGCUGCUUUUCCAUUCAAGCCAUCAAUAAAUCAGAUUUUUGUCAUUGUAACACCUGAGGUGGGAACCAUGGAAAUCUUGGAAUGCUCACAGUGUGUUCCUGGUUGGAUCUGCCACCUCCUGUCCUCAUGACUCCAGUGUGCUGCUUGCUUUUUCUGGUCCUUUUAUUUUUGUAAUGUUCCAAUGGAUGCUUAGUUGGUAUUUUAUACACUUGUAUAGCACGGGGCAGAUUGAAAUUAAAAUAUUUUGUUGUCUUCUUGUAAA